AUGAUUUUUAUAGUUUUUUGUUUGACAAUUUAAGUCUAUGGUUAUCUAAAUUUAGAAUUAGGUUAAACAUAUAAUGAGUAAUAUAUUAUAUAAUAUAUUUUAAAUAGUGCUAUUAUACCUUGGUAAGGAGAUAAGAAUUACAAAUAUUAUGAAAUUGAUAUAUAAUAAGUGAUUAAAGAUAGAGAUCUAAUAAUAGUUGUGAAAUAACAAUCUACAAUAGGAAAUCCUGAUAUUUACAUUUCUUCUUUAGAUUAAAAACCAGAUAAAAUACAUUCUGAAAUAUAAUGUAAUUCUUAAGGAAUGGGUAUUAUAAUUAAUAAAUAAUUAUAGAUAUUUGUGUAAUACAAUAACCAGAAAAGAAGAUAUAUUAUUUGGCAGUUUAUUGUGAAGAAUAUUGUAGAUAUAAUUUAAAAGUAGUUUAUUAAGAGGAAUUAAUGAUGACUAAUUGUAAGUAUCUUAAUAUUAUUAUUAGAUGAUGAUUUAGAAUUUAAGUUUAAUAAUACUAGUUGGACUGAAAUAAUUAGAAUUAAUAUAACAUAAUUAUAAAAAUAGCAAAUAUAAUAGGAUUAUAAUUUAGAGGUAUCUGUAUAAGUGAAAAAUGUUGAAAUUUUGUAGGAAUCUUUUCUAUCUUUUAUGAAUUUAGGAUUGGAAAAACCAUCACUUUAAAAAUAUGAAUAUAAGGGUUAGGAUACAUUUUUAGGAAUUCAAAAGUUUAAAAUUAAAAAGAUUAUGACAAAUUAAAUUUAUACAUUAUUAGUAGAAGCAUAAUAAGGUGCAAUUGUAUAAAUAAAAACAAGAACAUAUGGAUCUACAAGAUUUAUGAAUGUAGGAGAAUAAAUUGAAGAUGUAAUUUCAGAAAAUGAAUUAGGAUUCUAUGUAUUGAAUGUUACAACAGAUUAAGAAUUAUUCUAUUUAGGAUAACUAAUUUUAAAUAUUUAAUUAAUAUCUUAUAAAGGUUAUACUGAAAUGUAUGUUAAUCUUGAUGAAAAUCCAGCAUCAUUAGAAGAUUAUUAAUGGAAAUUACGUGAUGGAGUUACAGAUGAUUUAAUAAUUUCUAAUGAAGAUUUAAAUAGAUUUAAUUCUAAAGGAUAUUAUAUUUAUAUUGCAAUAUUAGCAAAAGAAUCUUAUGCCACAUUUGAAUUGAAAACAUAAAUGUUAAAUCCAAAUUUUAUGGUUAUGGAAUUAAAUAAGCCAGCUAUUAGUAAGAUGAGUAAAUUUAAAUUUCAUUAAUAUAAAUUCAAUAUUAAAAGUAAUAAAUAACAAAGUGUUAGUGUAAGUUUAAGAAAUAUAAAAGGAGAUGCUGAUAUUAUUUUAAAAUUAUGUAAAGAAUUUUGGACUUGUAAAUAUAAUGAAGAAGAAUAGAUAUAAUUUAAAUCUAAAGAUUUCUAAAAUAAUAAUUUUAUUAAUUAAUACUACUACUCUUUAAAGUAAAAUAGAACUUAAUUAUAAUAGUCCUGGAAAUGACAUCAUUAUUUUUGAUUAUCUACCAGCCAAUUGUUUAGAACAUGAAAAUUUUCAUAUUUGUUUCUAUGCUAUUUUAAUUAUUCCAGGAUAAUAAAAUGAUGAAGAUGAAUUAACUUACUCUAUUUUAAUAACAACAAAACAAGAUUCUAUUAUAUUAAAAGAAAAUACACCAAUUAAAUAAUUUGUAUUCCAUGAAUUCUAUAAUUAUUACAAAUUUACUGUUAAUAAUGAUGAUCAUAUUUAAAGAUUAUUCAUUUAAUUAACACCAAUUUAGGGUUAACCUAGAAUUUUUUCAUCUAGAACUGAAAUAUAUCCAACAAAAGAACAAAAUGAUAAUCAAGGUGUUUAAAAUCUCAUUAUUUAUGGAGCCAAAGGUAUUCAAUCAUCUAUUAAUGGAACUAUAUAUAUAGGAGUCUAUGGAGAAACAGCUAGUUAAUAUAUUAUAACUGCAAUAGUAUUCAGAAAAUAAGAUGAUUGGGGAACUAUUGGUAAAUAUGCACAUUAAUAUAUACAAUUAAUUGAAGGUUAUCCAUAAGAAAUUAUUACUUCACAUUCAACUGAUGUAUAACUUUUCAAAAUUGAUCUUAGUGGAUAUAGUAAUAAUAAUUAAGUAAAAGUAUUUUUGAGAAUUAAUUCUGGUGAAUUUAUAAUGUAUGGAUUUGAUCAUCCAGAAAUUGAUUUAAAAUAAGCAAUUAAAACAGGAUCAAAUUCAUUAAUACUCACUGAUUCAAUAGAGAAAUACCCCUAAUAUUUAUUUGUAAGAGUUUAAACUAAUUAAUCUACAACAUAUUCUCUAUAUUCUUAUUCAAUUCAUUAUAGAAUCAGUUCCUAACCAAUUGAAUUAGUACUUGGAGAUAACUAUUAAGGUUUUAUUGAAAAGUCUGAUAAAUAAAUCUUUUUUGUAAACUUUUAUAAAAAAGAAGAUAUAUAUAUCAAUCUUCAUGCUGAAUCUGUUGAUUAAUCUAUUUUAUAAGCUACUAUCUAUAUUGAAGAUGAUACUAUUGAAAUGAAUUAAUAAAGUAUGAUAAUAACUGCUAAUUAAAUUAAAUAUGAUAAAUGCAAAAAAACUGAAGAAAUUGUAUAAUGUAUAAUUGCUAUUCAUGUUGAAUCAAGUGAAGACACUUAAUUUACAUUAUUAAUUUCUAAAGAGUCAUAAAUAAUUAAAUUAUAUAAUGAGGAAUCUAUUACAAAAACAAUAAAAAAUUAAUUAGAUUUUUUUACAUUUUUAUUAACUGAAGAAACAGAAAUAGCUACAUUUUCUAUUACUGCUAAUAUCAGAAUUUUGGUUAAUAUUAUAUAAUUAGAUCCACCUACUUUAGAAUAAUUUCCAACUAAUGAUGAUAAUUCAUAAUUCUAAUCAUUAAAUGAUGAUAUUAUAAUUGAAAGUUCUGUUUUUAUAACAUUAAAUGACAUACAAAAAAUUAAUUGUGAUAAAACUCCAUGUUAUGCUGCAGUUACUUGUAUCAAUUCAGAUUCACAAAAUUAAAAUAAUAAUGAAUACACCAUUAUACGUUCUUCUGGAGCAUUUAAACUAACUGAAGGAUUUUCUUAUACUGGCAAAAUUAAAUACAAUUAAAUAAAGUAUUUUAAAGUUACUGAUUAUAAUGAAGCUACUGGACUAUAGAUUAUUGUUACAAACUCAGAAAGAAAUUUUAUUGUAAUAUAUGCAAGUGUCAAUUAAAUGCCUACUUAAUAAUCUCAUGAUUAUAGUUCCAACUUCAAUUUUGGUGACUUUUUAAUAAUCCCUCCAAAAAAGAAUUCAAAAUAAAUAGUCACUUAUUAGUAUAUAAUAUCAAAAUUAUUAUAGCAUCGGUGUUUUUGCUCUUAAAGAAGUUACCAUUUCAAUUUAAAUAAAACUUGGAUCAUCUCGUUUUUAUCGUCUUAAUACUUAAAAACCAUUUUACUAAGUAUUCCCUUGGAAUUCCAAAACUUAUUUAUCAUUUUAUAAUGGUUAAUAAAUUGAUUUUAGUAUUCUUAUAAGUUCCAAUGCUAUCAAUUAAUACAUCAAACCUAAAAUUCAUGUUCGUUCAUAUUAAAUUAAUGAAUUAUCAGAAGUCAUAAAUUCUAUACAAACACAGUACAUUUAAUUUAUAUUAUAUUCAGAUAUCAUUGGAAAAUGGAAGAUUUGUAUUUGGAAAUCACAACUAAUUAAGAGAAUUUUUGUUUCAAUUGUUAUUUUAUGAUUUAUAUAGAAAAUAACUUUCUUGAUAUUGAAUUAACUAUUACAAUUGCUAGAAAGGAUUUUCCUAUUUAAUUAUUUGAUAAUAUUGAAAUUAAAAAUAAACUUAAAAUUAAUGAGACUUAAAAAUAUUUUUAUUUUCCUUAUCGUCAUAAUGAAUUCUAUUUAAAUGUAACUGUUUUUUAAGGAUAAAUUUAUUUAUUUGAUAAAAAGAAUAAGACAGAUAAAGAAUUUUCUAAUUUGCUUCUUGUUCUAGAUGAAAAAGAUGGAACAUUAGAUUAUUAGAAAAAUUAAAUAGGAAGUCGUGAAGGUAUUUAUGCUAAUAGAACUUUGAUUAUAAAUGUUAUUAAUGAUGAAAAUGAUCUUUAAGUUUAUUAUUUAAAAGUGUUUUCUAAUAUCACUAAUGAAUCAAUAUAUUAAAUUGAAAUCAUAGGUAAAAAUUAGGCAAUAGAAUUAAAAGUAGGAUAGCCAUAAAGAUUUUCUAUUGGAUAAUUAUUUUUUAUUCCAUUUUACUUUGUUAUUCCAAAUGGAAUAAAUAAUUCAAUUGAAGAUUAUUAUACAAUUACAAUUGAAUAAAUAAAUCUUUAAAGAGAUAAAAGUACUCGUGCACCUGAUAUUACUUUAAAAAAUGAUAGAUAUAAUAAUCCUAACAUAUUAUCAGAUUAUCAUGAUUUUGUUGAUGCUAAUAUAUCUUUUGUUUAAGAUAUAGAUAGCAUUACUUACAUCUAAAUACCUAGUAUAGCAGGCCUCUACUUUCUUACUAUUAAUCCAAUCGGCUAAAAUACUUUUACUUACUGCAUAACGUUGGGUAACAAAGACUAUAAUAUCUUAACACCAAAAUCAUAAAGAAUUGUUAGAACUAAAGUAGGAGAAUAGAAAGUAUGGGAAAUUCACAUUUUUGAAAUGGCCAAAUUAUUUAUUCAAAUACAAUUAUGUGGAGGGAUUGUACAUGUAUUUGGAAGUGCCUCAAGAGAUAAUCUUACUAUGGGUUUUUAUAAGGACAAGAUUGAAUCUGUACACAAUUAGUAAUUAUCUGGAACAAUCCCAUUUGUAUUACCAAAUACAUAUUACAUAAAUACUUAAACAAUUAAAAAUACUACAUAAACAGAUGUUGUUUCUUAUAUAUUAAGUUUAGAUAUUCUAAAAUAAGAUACAAUUGUACCUUUAAAUCAUUUCUAUCCAGGUAAUGGUGGAGAUUUUUAAAUAUCUAUAAUUGAAAAUCAUAUAAAUUUUGAUUACUCACCAAUUUAAUCUUCUGAAAAAUCAAGUUAAGAUUACUUAUUAGAAAGUAUCACAUAUAUUUUCAUUUAUUAAAAUCAAAGUUUAAAUGAUAAUACACAAUUGUAUAAAUGCAAUUAUAAUUCAUAAUAUCAUUCUUUUACAACACGAAGAAUUUAGCAUGACCCAUAAAAUAACCUAAAUCAACGAAUUUAUAUUGGAGAAGAUUAAUAUGAAAAAUUAUUAGCUUCAAUAUAAGCCAUUGGUAAUUUAAUAUAAAUAUAUUCUUUUAGUAAAAAUCUAAACGAAUAAUUACGAAACAUUGUAAUUAUCAUACUAUUAUAAUACAUAAAUUUUAGAAUAAAAGAUCAUUACCUAGAAUAUUUAUUAUGAAAAUUACAGAGGAAUUUUUAUCAUAAUCCUCUCGGUUUUAUUUUUUGUGUUUUUCUUAUUGAUUAUAAAAUUUAGAAAUCUUAAAUAAAUGUAAAAUUAUUAUUUUAAUUUACAAGGACUAAAUUUGAAACAUUAGAUUAAUAGCCUAUUCCAUAAAAAGAAUAAUAAAUUGAGAUGAAUUAUACAAAUUUAAGAUCAAGUUGA